AGAACGGAGGAGGGGGGGAGAGAGAGCUACAUUCACUGACACACUCACAACUGCUACAUUACUUAACGGAGCGGAGCUGCCUCAUAACUAAUUCUGUAAAGCAUCGAAAAUAUUGUAUUUUUUACUACUUUAUGACCUAGAUUUACUUCAUGAUAUAUCACGUAAAUUCGGUAGUGUUCAUUAACGUAGUCUAGCCUCAAUAGAUUAAAUAAAUAGCAGCAGACUACGGUGUAGCCUAUUUAACAGAGGAAGACGGGAUUUCAGAGUCGCUUGUGAAAAACAUUUUUUUACUUCUCUUUUUCCCCCUUUCUUUCACCGAGGAGACAUAUGAGCAUCCGGAGCAUCGAAUGGAAAAUAUUCUAAGUUUCACUUAUUGUAAUGGCUUGUUUAUUUUUUCCUGGGCCGCCAGAAAAACAAACAACACUCGCCUGUUUCUGUAAUUUAUAAGGUCAAGUCAAAUUUUUAUGAUUUUUUGAAAUUGUUAAGGACCGAAAAGAAGAAUCCUGCACAAUGAAUGUGCUCUAACUUCGCUGCAAAUACCGCCGACUAGGCAACUCAAAUGUGUCGGAUAUUUCUUUUUCUGACUUCUUUAAAAAUCCGCAAUACUUAGAGAGAGUCAUAACACAGAGCUCUCCUGUUUCUCUAGUCAAAACAGAAGACGCGUGUUUGCAGCCCACUACAGACUGCUCACUCACUCGCGAAACACUCACGAAAGUGCCCAAACAUUUCGUUUACUCAAGUUUUUCGGUUUCUUUGGGGGAUUUAGAUACAUUAACAACACUAUUAGAGGUGCCUUACUUGAGCGAAUUAGAUUUUUUAAAACCAAAAUGCCACAGUUAGCUGGCGGAGGUGGCAACGGGGAUCCAGAACUUUGUGCUACCGAUGAAAUGAUCCCUUUCAAAGACGAAGGAGAUCCACAUAAAGAGCAGAUAUUCGCCGAAAUAAGUCACUCGGAGGAAGAAGGGGAUUUGGCAGAUAUCAAGUCAUCUUUAGUGAACGAGUCGGAGACGAACUCAAACAGCAACAGCCAUGACGCUGAUAGACAUUCUCAAAUACCCCAGGAUUCAUACCAUGAAAAACACAGGGACCAUCCUGACAAUGGGAAGCACCAAGAUGUCUACAGUAAAGGGCAUCCUUACACAGGUUAUCCAGGCUACAUCAUGAUGUCAAACAUGAACAAUGAUUCUUACAUGAACAACGGGUCCAUUUCACCACCAAUGCCCAGAAUGUCCAACAAGGUCCCCGUGGUCCAGCCAUCCCAUGCAGUCCAUCCCCUGACCCCUCUGAUCACGUACAGCGAUGAACACUUUGCCCCCGGGCCCCAUUCAGGACACCAUCCUUCAGAGAUCAACUCCAAACAAGGAAUGCACAGGCAUCACCCCGGCCCUGACAUACCCAACUUCUACCCCCUCUCUCCUGGCGGAGUUGGCCAGAUCACCCCACCAUUGGGAUGGUUUCCUCAUCACAUGGUGCCCGGCCCCCCAGGUCCCCACGCCACCGGCAUUCCCCACCCUGCCAUCGUCAACCACCAGGUGAAGCAGGAGCCCCACCACGACAGUGACCUCAUGCACAUGAAACCCCAGCACGAACAGAGGAAAGAGCAGGAGCCCAAAAGACCGCACAUCAAGAAGCCCCUGAACGCUUUCAUGCUGUACAUGAAAGAGAUGCGCGCCAACGUGGUGGCCGAGUGCACGCUGAAGGAGAGCGCCGCCAUCAACCAGAUCCUGGGACGGAGGUGGCACGCUUUAUCUCGUGAAGAGCAGGCUAAGUAUUAUGAAUUAGCCCGCAAGGAACGACAGCUUCACAUGCAGCUAUAUCCUGGCUGGUCCGCCAGAGACAAUUAUGGAAAGAAGAAGAAGCGGAAGAGGGAGAAGAUCCAGGAGACUGCGUCAGGUACAGGACAGAGGAUGAAAACGGCGUACAUCUGAACAAUGGAGGAAAACACAGUGGUUUGCCAUCAUACAAAGCAAAGGCAACAGCUACGGGCCCCCUUUUAGAGAUGGAAGCCUGUUAGACACCACACGACCACCAACCCGAGAGGACCCUCACAUUUAAUGACACGUUCCUCCUGCAGCCGUCGCUAUGGACACCCUAAAAAGACUAUCACAGCUGUAAAGACCCAUACUAGUGCACAACACACACAUUCACAAGAAAUGCUCAGUCACUGGUGCUCGUUGAGCACAGCCCCUGAAGUCUCGGUCCAUUCCACACAGCUGUUUGUGUGUUAUUUUCAGUUGUGACACCUCUGUCCUGUUGUUCGGUCCAGUCACGUCUCUCAUGCCACCCGGUCACCUAAUUUCCACUGGACUUUUGAACCCACGCCCAAGAAGUUCCACCCCCUUCCUUUCCGCCCUCCAGACUUUCAUGAGGAACAUGGGAAUGUAUGUACUCUCAAGGAGACACUCCAAAAAUUCAAUUUUAAAAGCCCACAUCGGCGCACAAAAGGAUCACUGUCGAGGACAAGCUUUUAUUUUAGGUUCAAUUUUAUUUUUUUUGGUAUUUUUUAAUUUCGUGUUUUUUUAUUAUUUCAUUGAUGUAUAUUUUCAGUGGUUUCUGUUAUUUUUAAUUGUUUUUAUAUCAGAAUAUUCUAAAAUAAGCAUUGGAGACAUGAAAGGCAUUUUUAUUUUGUUUCUUUUUUCUGUUGAGGCAUAAUUGCAGAAAUGAAAAAAGGGUUCUUUUGAAAACUAUUUGUAACAAAUAGUGAGUCUUUUGGAUAUAUGUACCAUAGAGUUCAGUAUGUGUACUUUUAAAAAAAUAAUAAACAUUUCAGAAUAUGUUUGUUACCUGUCUUUGUAUUUUUGCAGGUGAUUUUUGAACGAAGACAGGGAGUAGGUGUUCAGAAGCCUAUAUUUUGUUGUUAUAAACUGACAAAUGAAACAAAUAUAUAUAAAUAUAUAUUUACCCUAGCACUUGGCUGCCUUUCCUUUAUUGCAAUGUACUUUUUCCUCUUUCUGGUAGUUAGUAGUGUGGUCUCUCCCAUGUUUAUUUCAUGCAGGCUUUUCUGUAAUGUCUUUUUGAUUUAAUAACUGAUUAAUGCAUUUUUAUCCUAUGUCUUAUUUUUGAAUCUGUCACCUUGGUUCAGCACUUUGCUCCCAAGUGGUCACAUUUGAUAUGUGUUUAAACAUGUUUUUUUAAGAAAAAAUAAAAGAGGCAGCAUUGACUGAACAUUA